UUGGUGUACAGUGACGACAUGAUUCUAUCCGCCGUCCUGGCGUUCCUGGCGCCUUUCACCACGGAGUGUAUGAAUGGUCUUCGGGAGGGGGUCCCUGGCCCAAGGGAAACCACCAAAACAGAUGCGGAGGUUGACAUGGGAAUAUUAGGGUUCACCUUAUCAUCCCUCAUGACGCUGGCGAAACCUGUAUCUGCACAGAAUAGCCCCGCAUACUCGAAGAGGUGGAAGGCGGUAUCGGCGUCGGUUCAGAUGGCGGACAUUGUGGCACCGGAGACGUGGACUUCCAUCAUCUCCUUAGCCACACUGUUUCAAAAUAUCAUCGCUGUAAGGGAUGACCUCCGAGUGGAGAUCGUGGAUAAGGUUAUAUCGCUCGAGUACACGGCGAAAUAA